GAUCCCAUGUGCCGAGAUCAGAUUGUGAUGACUGAACGGACCUGGGAAUGGGCAAGCAAGUACUGAUCAGACAUCUGCUGUCAACGCGAUGUUCCAGCGUGAUAACAUUGUAUCAGAAUCAUGCAGUGUGCAAAUCUGUGUAGCCGCUGGCGCGCUUUGAGGGCUUUGCAUAAAUUAAACAGCCGACGGCUUCGAGAACGUUCCGAGGGGUCUUGCGUCAGACCAACAAAUGUCACGAUUGAUGAGUCGGAUAGCGCACCAUGAGGGCUUGGGUUGUGACAAAAGCCUCGCCAUCUUCAUCAGACAAUUUAUCGUUACUGAGCACCCUUUGGUAUUCCCUUUUCCCUCUAUUUUGUCUUCAACAGCGUGAGCACGUCGAGUCUGCCUCGGCACCACAGUCAGCUCCAGCCACACAAGUGCCACACCGGCCGGAGACCCUUCCACACACACCGCAGCACCGCCACAUUCCUCAGGCUUUGCGACGCCCGAUUUGCGACGUCAUCGCCGUUUCCGUUUCUUCCUGUCCGAGAGCAUCCAGACUCCUCUUGCAUGACAAAAACCGAUCAUCCCUAAGUUCUUGGAUAGCAUCACAGAUCAUCUUCGCGAUUCAGUCCAUGCUCUGUCCUAGACCCACGGAGAACGCCAUCACCAUCCAUCACCCGUGAGCCGUGUCCACCACCAAAAGCUGUGCGCCCAACUCCCGCCUCGGUCUCGUGACGCAUCGGCUCCCAAGCACUGGUGACAUUCUACACUGCUCUGGACGGACACACCCAACGAAUUUAUCUACA